GCCCUAUUCGCAAUACGACGCGAAACGCCGUUACGCACGGUUCAAGGCAAACUUACUGCAAACGCGGACGAACGAGAAAAUAAUACGAACUAUUUUUCAAAUUUAAUCCAAUUUUUGUGAAUCUCGAUGUUGUAAAGUGUGUUUUUGGAACUAGGUUUAAGUGUGAGGGGACAUGUGCUAGAGUGAGGGCGAUUUUAGGCACACACUUGCCCGAUGCUCUUCCUCCUGCCGCUGCUCCUCGCCGCCGCCGCCGGUGGCCGCCCCCGGUGCGGGGGCCUGCUCACCGCCGCCCGGGGCAUCCUCCAAACCCCCUCAUUCCCGUCGGAAUUCCCCGUCCCCAUCCACUGCGAAUGGGUGAUCGAUGCCCAAAAUUUCGCCUCCCCCAACACCUCCAUCGUGGUUUACCUCACCCAGCUGUACGUCCACGAGGGUUUGACCUUCACCGAGUACCAGGUGUACGACCGCACUUACCAGCUCGACGGUCGGGAGAUCCACCGCGUCAACGAGACCAACGUGGUGCAGGUGCGAUGGGUGCAGUCGUUCCAGAAUUUUUUGGUCGUGACCUUGAAGCUGGAUAGUGUGGAUAGCGCCCAUCUGAGGGUGCUUGAUGGGUUUCUGGACGUGUAUGGGUUUAAUAUCACGUAUGAAAUAGCGCGAGGGCCGGCCAGAGUGGACUCGUGCACUAUUAUGGAUUGCGGUUUUACGGGGAUUUGCUACGACCAUUACACAAAAUUCAGCUGCGAGUGUUUUCCCGGCUACAGUGGCCCUCAUUGUUCUUCCGGUCCCAACUCUUUCUGUGCGAACGCAAACCCAACGUGCAAAAACGGAGGCACUUGCAUCCAUGUGGGAGUUUCCGCUGUGAAAUGCCACUGCCAGAUGGGCUUCACUGGCGAGACAUGCCAAAUUCCCGUCACCACACUGAAGCCCGGAUGUGACAACUGCGUCCAGAGCUGUCCGUUCGAUGGGAGGCUGGAGAAUGCCUGCAAGUGUCCGAUGAUGAACGGAACUAAUGAUCGGGUCGGAUUCACCAGCACCAUGCAUUUGGCCAAUCUGCCCAAUCUGAGCGGAAACGCCCUCAAAACGUUCAUCGAAAACCAGGUAUUCAGGACGCUCAAGACCAACUACUCGAAACUGGACGACGUUUCGGUGCAAAAUGUCGCGUUUUUCAGGUCAGGUGCAGAUGUAACUUUCCAUUUGUUCGCGCUGAAAAAGGACGAGAAACGCAUCAGGGCAGUUUUCAGCAGAUGGGCUGAUAGGGGUUACAUCGCCAACUUGACAGUCACAGACAAGGAGUUUGUCUUCAAGCCGAUGCUCGAUUUACAGAGCGUGUCAAUCAAUCAAAUCGGGCCGAUCCGUCAAAACGACGAGUUUAUCCUUUCGUGUGUGGCGAGGGGUUCGCCCACGACGUCCUUCAGAUGGUUCAAGGACGGCGUGUUUGUCAAUGUGACGGAAAUUACAAGUCACAAAUGGAACCGUCUCAUAAAAUAUCCCCAUUCGGAUGAUCAAUACACGGCCCUGUUAGGAAUCUCAAGGAGCGAUAUUUUAGACAGCGGCACCUUCACUUGCCAAGUUGAGGAUUACGGAAUUCAACAAUGCCUUUCGAGAAGAGUCGCCAUCAAAGCACCGCCGGUUAUUAAAGUCGAACCUAUGAGUCUCACCGUACGGAAAGGCCAAAAUUUAACUAUUAAGUGCAUUAGCAUGGGCGACAGCAACAACAAAUACACUUAUAGCUGGACCAAAAACAAAGAACUGAUUCCUGUCAGGAGCGAGACGGAGAAGUACGAGAUUUUGUAUCCUGGAGGAAGCAUCUUGCAAAUAUUCAAAAUCGAAAAAUCGGUGAAAUUCUCCUGCCUGGUGCAAGACGGUCCAAUUUCGAGCGAAACCAGCGUCGAUAUCCACGUGGUGGACCCGUCCUCGGUGCCCACGUGCCCCCCGGAGUAUUCCUUGAACGUUACAUGGCCGGAAACGGCCCCCGACACCGAUAGUCUCCAGGAGUGUCCCAAAGGCUACGCAUUUCCGGGAUUCGUCCGGCGUUCGUGCACUCUAAACGAUGGCUUACGUCCCAUCUGGCGUCAGCCGGAUUACUCCCAAUGCACUCCCGAGCAAUUAUACAAAAUAGGGUUGGACCUGAGAUUAUUGCAACUGGGCUACGAAACAGCAACGCCGCUCCAGAUCAUCCAAAACUGCUCCAGAUACCUAGGGGAGAGGCAAGGGCUGUUGCCGGGGGAGGGCACCGGGGUUUUGGCAAUUUUGAGGGACGUGAUUGGUUAUUGUAAAAGGGCAAGGGUUGUGACGGGCGAUUUGGUCAAGGAGGUGUUCGAGAUUGUGGAUGGGGUGUUGAGGCACCAGAAUUCGCUCGUCAGCCAAGAGCAAGUGAAGCUCCUGCAAGAAGUCGUCAGUCACCAAAUCGAGAUCUCUGCACCUCUCCUCUCGCCCUCGCAGCCCCUUUUCCACUUAGCCCUUCCAACCCUUGACGUUAAUUUAAUGUCCGGAGAUCAAAAAGAAUUACCAUUUCUCUCCGCCAACCUCAGUGGCCACAAAUGGACCCCACACAAGACUCGAAUUUCAUCCAAAGACCCGAAACACGGCCAAUGCGUGAUUGGAGUGGUCAUUUACCGCAAUUUGAGCGCUUUUUUACCAACACGGUCCGUAAUCCGAGUAAAAGACGGAGCCGAAGUGGAAUACGAGGUGAUAUCUCAAGUCGUUCGCUUAUGGAUCCUGUCACGGGAUAAAAAUUACGAUUAUAAUCCUCACAUUAUCCUCGAGUGGAAACAGGGAAAUCACAACGCGACCAAAGACGGAUGGUUUCUUAAAUGUGCAAUGGCGGAGACUGCAAUGUACGCCUAUGCUUGGAACACCACUGUCUGUACCACGAAAAUUCUCGGUUUUAAUUUAACACGCUGUAUAUGCCCGAAGGUGGGGACCUUCGCCCUCUUGCUCACAGCAAACAAUAUUCAGAUCGAAAAAGAAGAGCCACGACCCUUGCGAUACAUUGUUCUAGCCGGUUGCUCCCUUUGUUUCUUAUCAGCACUGAUAAGUACAAUUAUUUUGACGAUUCAUUGGAUUUUGAAACGCUCCUGUGUUGUUUUUUUGAAGCUGCAAUGUUCCGUUUCCAUAACUGGGGUUAUGCUAACUUUUGUGCUUGUCACAAUCAGCGAUCCUUCAGAGCGGCUCUUUGCGAGCGUGAUGGCCAUCCUGGAAAUCCUCUUCCUCAUGGGUCUUUCCGCCCACAUCAGCAUCCUCCUCAUGGUCUACACCGAAAUGGUCCAAUUGCCCAAAUCAGCGGCUUCCAAGCAAACCGUGGUGGGCAUAAGCACUGGGGUGCCAGUGAUUGCCGUUUUCGGCAACCAUCUGGCCCACCAGACCAUGGACGUGCGCCUCAAAUCCUGGUGGCUGCUGGCUGGGAGCCUAGCCUUCAACAUUUUCCUGACCGUGGGCGUCGUAAUCGUGGGCCUGUUCGUCCUUUUGCACGUCACAGUUUUGUACAAAUUGAAAAAACUGACAACAGUCCACGAAAAAGAAGGAAAAAUUUUACAGAAGCGGAUUACGCUCCUGAAAAAAUCGGCGUAUGUGUUCUGUUCGCUGGUUUCGGCGACCGUCAGCAGUAUUUUUUACGUGAACUUUGUAAAUAUAGUUUGGUGGCAUUACGAGUUCAGUGUUGUGACAAUGUUGCUGGGUCUGGUCGUGGUCGUUUGUUACGUCGUCAAAUCGGAUGGUGAUUUUUUUUAUUUGUUGCAAGGACGAUUCAAAGCCAAACAAAAGGACGGCUUUUUCGGGGUGGAAGCUACAGGUAGUCCAUUAAAUUUUUUCACCAAAGAAGACGCGGAGGUGGAGAGCGAGAGCAUCCCCCACCACCGCAAAUCCGAGCCGUCAAAACCCAUCGAAUGCUUCCCCAUGUCCGACUCGUGCAAAUCCGGUCUUCCGGAAUGCGUUUCCGGUGCAAUGGAGUCAUACGCCCACAGCGACGCCAUCUACUGCGCCCAGACCUCCCUGGAGCGCUACAACCGGAGCCCCCAACUCCACCGCAAAACCGCCCCCUUCAAAAUCGAGGACGAGGUCAGAUGCCGCUCCCCCGACAUCAUCGCCACCAAAAUAUGCACCCAACUCGACCUAGUCGCCUCGCACGCCCCCAGCAUCGUCAUCACCCCCGAAGAGAGGCCGAUGAGGGAAAUCGAACGGGAGAUUGAUACAGUUUGCGAAAAAAUCGAACUGGAGAGUGGGAGUGGGGCUGGGGGAGAUAAUCUGGACGGGAUGCUGGACCGGAUUAGCCACGAUUUGGAUUAUCUGCUGAAUCGGAGCGAGGAGGGGCCGAGGAGGCACUCCAAGACUAAUAUUAUAACGGAGCAGAUCAUCGAAGAGGUGGAGGAGGAGGGCAAGGUUCCGGACGCAAUCACGGAUAUUUUGAGGACUAAUUGCUAGAAAAAUAGGCAAAUUCGGUUCGUUCAAGACCAAACCAAUCAAUAUCGCAUCAGAUUGUACCUGAAAUUCUGUUACAAUAAAUACGAAUUUAUCAAGCAUCGAAUUUGCUAUUUUCCUAAAGCAGGGGCGUGCGCCAAAUUCACAAAAACAGCGCGGUUUUUAAGAGUCACAUCAUAAACUUAUUCAAAAAAAAAUUAACACAAAAAAGGGUAGUGAAGGGGCUGUAGACACCCCUAAUCCGGCCCUGCGUUUUUUGCAAACACCCUUUUUGUCAGCCGUUUCAAAUUUUCUCCAAGUGCAUUUGUCUACAUUUUGUGUCCGCUUACAACAGAAAUUUAUUGCUACAAGCGGCAAAAGCAAAAAAACUAACCUUAGCGUCCACCUUAGCGGCGUCCGGCAUUUCCGCGAAUUCUGCACCUGUGUCUUGAUUAACUCGUCACAUUUUCGAAAGAAAUCCGAUUAUUUCACCCACUUUGGCACAAAACACGCGCGCAACGUUUUUACAAACCGUAAACGCAAAAACUAAAAGACGCGUCGCAUGACGUCAGAUGACGCCCUCUCAUUGGCUGGCUCGUCGACGAACCCGAUUGACGCUGAAGGCGGGCGAUUUGAAACUUACAACUCGCACUGAUUAUUCUUUGAUUUCAAUGUUUCGUUGAAAAAUGUAGCAAUUUUACGUAAAUUUGGACUUGAAAUUGCCCGCACGCCUCUGCUGCCUAGUCAAGACCCUGUGAUACGAAUAUUUACAAAUCAAGUAUUACAUAAGUGUGCCUUAUUGUCAUUUUCGUAGCCACUGUGUCCGUGUUUCCUGUAAAUACUUCAAUUUUUGUCGAAUAAAACCACAGAAACUUUUAGAUUGUUUUAUUAAGUAGCCUCGAAAAUACAAACUAAACAAACAUCCUAAUCUAGUCAUCAAUCAAUAUAUUAAAUUAAAUCGCAUUCUCGUAAUAAAUAACUACAAGCGAAAGAGAAAAUCGAAAAUAUCACAAUCACUGUUCCUCCGCCUCCUCCGUAUUGAUUAUUUCAAAAUCACUAUCACUACUGCUAUCCUUCCUCGCAGUUUUAUCGAAACUCAAAUUUCUCGAAAAAUGUUCCUCCUCUGACGAGUCGCCGUUGAAAUGACGCGACUCGAACCGGAUGCCCCUGUGCUCCGAAUCCGAAUCGCUCGAAGUGUCACCGGGGGAGCGCCCCCCUGGGAGCAGGUCCUCCUCGGCCAGACUCUCCUUGUCUUCGCCGUCCAAGUGCGACGGCAUCGAGGCCAAGCCGCUGAUUAGCGAAUUGGUAACUGAAUCUGCAAUCAAAAUGGGUCAAUGCUGUAGCGAUUUGAAAUUCAAAUUUCCCGCCACCAGUUCACGACCAUGAGGCUAUUCCACGUGAAUUUCUGAAUUGCAGCUUCGAUCCAAAACACCGAAAUUGCGCGGAAUUCGCGAAAUUUUAACACUUUUAGCCCCGAAUUGGGGUUAUGUUUUUGUUGUGAUGCCGCUGAUUAAUGACAACUGGCACGCGAAUAAGCCAACUGCGUAAAUAAAUUUUCUUUUCUUAUCAAUUAUCACUGUUUUUUUAUCAUUCAAAACGUGCGAAACCAUGAAAUCAUAAAACCAGAUGACUAAGAAUGUUUGUUUUUACUUUAUCGUGAAACAACGGAUGCAAAUAUUCGUAAUAGAAAAUCUGUGUUUUUGUUUACUUGUAAUUUUGUAAAUACGAUGCAAGUUUGAUAAAUUAGCCGAUUCUGCCACAUGCAGACGUAAACACACGCCAAGGCCGAACUCUCCAACUAUUUUUGAGCAAUAAAAAUAGAUUAUUUACCUGCUGUUUUAUCAGUCAACAAACUAUCAAGAUCGGGGUCCCUUUGGCCAAAAUCCUUGUCCGAAAUAAAGGGAAUUAGCUCGUCCUCAGCUAGAACACCUGAAAUUGCAAUUUCAGUGGCCAAAAGUUGAGAAAUUGGGGUCUCAAUACCUCUAUCAGAGCCCACAGUUUUGAUGAAUUGUUUGACUGAGUUAACGUACUCUGGGGGUAGUUUCGAGAGCCCCAAAGGCACGAAGAACACCCCAAGGAGCAUCAGGUAGCAAAUAACAUAACCCGAAAUGUUUUUCGCUAUGAAACUGAUCAUAAGAAAGACGAAAGACAUGGCGAUGCAAAACUGAAAAUUGAGGUUAAGUUUUGCAAAUUGAGCCUUUUUACCGACUGAAGAGGGGCUGUCUUUGCGUAAGGCUUUGAGUGAGAAGACGACGUCCAUGAGGUCGUUCUUGAGCUCGUCCAACGCCUCCAAAUGCGCCGACUGCACCUCCAGGGCGCCCCCAUUCUCAAAGUACGCGUCUCCAAUAAACGCAACCAAAGCCAGCAAAAACACAACCCCAAAGGUUCUCAAUUGUAAUUGAACCACGAGCC